CUGCGUCCGACUUCGCUGAUCUACAAUGUUGUACACACUCCUUUGUGCGUUAUGUGUGUGCAUGUACACGGUGCACGCACACCAACACAAACAUGAGACAGCAGAAAUGAAGCCGACAGGGCCACUAACUCACAGCGUGUCGGGAACCUUCCGCGGCUCCUGGAUGGAGACACGACGCGGGAGACGCUUCCAGGCCUACCGCGGCAUACGGUAUGCAGAACCGCCCGUCGGAGCAUUGAGGUUCCAGCCAGCGAAGUUGAAGCUGCAGUACGAAGGUGUGGUGGACGCCAGCGAGGAGGGCCCGGCCUGCCCACUGCCUGCACCACCCACCUACUACGUCGACGAGGACUGCCUGACUGUCAACGUCUACACUCCGAUACACAACAGCACUGGUCCCCUCCCAGUGAUCUUUUUCAUACACCCCGGCGGGUUCUACGCAAUGACCGGCCGCAGCGACUUGGCCGGCCCCCACUACCUGCUAGAUAGGGAUGUCGUCCUCGUCACCAUCAACUACAGGCUUGGCUCCUUAGGUUUCAUGAGUACCGGUGACGCGUACGCUCCAGGUAACAACGGCAUGAAGGACCAGGUGGCCGCCCUCAAGUGGGUUCAGAGGAACAUCGCAGCUUUUGGUGGCGAUCCAAACCUCGUCACCAUCACUGGCUGCAGUGCGGGCUCUAUCAGUGUCAUCCUGCAUAUGAUCUCACCCAUGGCUAAAGGUCUCUUCCACCGCGGCAUAGCAAUGAGUGCGUCUCCAUUGGGCAAGGGAUUGGAAGCUAUAACUCAUCAGCGACACCUCGCAGUACGACAGGCACAGAUCCUCAACUGCCCGACUGAUAAUUCGUCCGCAAUCGUCGACUGUCUCAUGACCAAACCUUGGAAAGAUCUCGGAGAUUCGUUGCCUAAAUUCUGGGAGUUUGGUCCUGGAGACCCAGUCGGUCUGUGGGGUCCAGUCGUUGAGCCAGAUUUUGGGCAGGAGCGGUACCUCACUAUUAACCCAUUGGAUGCAAUCAAAGAAGGCAAAAUGCACACAGUACCGCUCAUCGUGAGUCAGACUACGGACGAGUUUUUCUGGAAGGCAUUCCCUGUCUUACAAAAUGAAACUCUCUUGAAGACAAUGAAUGAAGAGUGGGAGAGGAUCGCUCCGAUCUCGUUCUUACUGCCGCAGGAGAACCGUGCCUUGGUUGUACAGAAACUUAAAGAGGUGUACCUUAAAGGGAAGAAGUUGGCUAAUGACAAACAAAGCGAAAAGGCUCUCGGACAACUUUAUGGAGACUCCAUCAUAGGCUUUGGAGUGCACAGGCUAGCCAACCUAAUGUGUCGUCACUCGAAGCAUCCAGUGUGGUACUCGGAGUUCGCGUACAUUGGAAACAAUUCCCACUAUGAGGACUCACACGGAAAACCACAAGGUGCGGCCCACCACGACGACCUGCUGUACCUGUUCACACUAAGCUACCAGUUCCCCGUGAUCUCGCUGGACAGCAAGCACUCACACGUCGUCGACGAGAUGACCGCGCUCUGGUACAACUUCGCCAGAUACGGAGACCCGAACCCGCGCGGAGAUACACCGGAGUUGGGCAAGCUGUCGUGGCCCGCCAUGACAGCGGCGGACAGGAGGUACCUGCACCGCGGGCAACGGCUGGAGGUGCGACAGAACAUGUUCGAAGACCGAUUCAAGAUCUGGGACGACUUGUACCCCAUACAGUACUGAGCAUGCCAACA